UUUUGUGGUUUAGUUUUUUUCUCCAUUUCUUUCGUUGGUCACAACAAAUUAUAAAAAUUUUAUUGCAGUUAUUAUAACACAGGUUGGGCGCGUACAACGCAACGACAACGCCCAUACAAAUUAAUUGAAUCAUAAACAACAUUAUUAAAACUAAAAUAUUUCGAAUCAAUUUAUAUAAAAAGUAUAAUUUUAUUUAGAAAUAAAUUUAUCACUGCACACAAUUUUUAAAUCUAACGAUAUUCAAGUGAAAUUGUAAGGCUUCAAUAUGAAUUACGGUCGUAAAACUCCAUCAACUUAUCGUUCCAAUCCGUCUGUGUAUUCACAUACCACUGGGAGAUCAUCAACAAAUCUACAUUCCAUAAAGUCCCGUUCAACACGUUCCGUGCGUAUUCCUUGGUAUCAACGACCCAUAUUGCAGAAUAAUCAGUAUAUUGACAUACAAAAGAGUUCCAUGCUUAUUGGGCUCUUUGCCAUAUUUUUAGCUUUAUUUACCAUUGGCACCUCAAUAUUUGAUAUCUAUUCUUUGGCUAUGGCUGCGCCGGGCUCAACGCAUUAUGGCUACUAUAUAAUAUCGUAUGAAUUCGUUUAUGUUGGCAAUAAACAUGUGCGUAACAUGCUAAUCGUAUUUGCUUUAUUUUCGUUAAUACUGGGCUUUAUAGUAUUAUUUACUAGUAUUUUACUUGUGAUUGCUUUAAGAAAAGAAUAUGAACGUAAAGUGAUGCCUUGGCUUUGGUCCUUUGCAGUGUUUACCAUUUGGCGGAGUUUAGCAUUAAUAUUCUUUGCCAUCGUAAAUGAUUUGUAUUUUGUUUAUAACGUUAUGAUGGUAUUCCUUUGGAGCCUCUUUCUCAUUAUAUCAAUAUAUGGUUGGUGUGUUGUGUACUCUUUGUUCUUAGAGUUGACAAAUUUGACUAAAUUAGAGGAUUUGGCACAUUUAAGGAUGGGCACAAUGGCUUCGUUACAUGCUUCUGCUGCUAAUUCAUUAGCAGGUUCCCGUCCAACUACACCUCAUAGCACUGUCUCUACUAUGCCAGUGGGUUAAAUUCGAAAACAAAAAAAAUUAUUUCAAAAUAUGUCAGUAGUAUAUAUCUCAAAGUCAAAGUUAGAUCAAAAAGAAUAUUAAACAAAGGAAGCAUCAUCAACAAAAUAAUGUAUACCAAUUAUAAGUUAUAGGUUAUUUAAUUUUAAUAUUGUAUAUGCUCUCCGUGAAAAGAAUCAGAAAUAUUUAUGCAUUCCAUUAUUUUCUCAUUCAAAAAUUAUACACAAAACAAAAUUUAACAUAAACAAUAAGUUAUUUAUAUUACAAUAAUAGUUAUUGUAGUCACACCGUUUUUGUAGAAAUAUUCUUAUAAAUGGUGGAACUCUUAACGAGUAUUGUGAAUUUUGAUGUGGAAGCUUUGAGCAUUUUAAUGUUCGAAUAUGAUUGUAGCGAGUACAAUCAUAAUGUUAUUUACACAAUUUCGAAUUGAUGCAUUCUCUAUAUUUAAUUCUAUAUUUCAAACCGUUUAAAUACGUUCUACAAUCUUUUGUCAUUUGAAAAUAAAAAAUAUACAUAUUAUUUUUUAAUUACUACUGCAUAUAUGUAAAUCUAAGUUAAACGAAUUAAUUAUAAGUUUAUAUACUAUGUACAAUCCAUAAUAUAUAUUAGUUUAAAAUAAUAAUAGUAAUUUGCAAUGC